GGCGUUCGAGAGCGCUUAGAGAGGAAGUAAAAACGCGGGAACCAAAAGCUCAGCCUAUGUCACAUACAGAGACAAUAAGGGGAGGUUGUGAACCAUGACAGAUUGUAAUGUGAACUAGAAGAUAUUCUUAUGACACAGUUCGGAAUAAAUUCCAUUUCGAGACCUUGUGCAAAAUAAGGUGCCAUGUUUCUCAGUUUCAUGUGGCUAAUAAUUCUAUGUUGAUAUGAACUACCAGAAUGAUGUGACACUGUAACAUGUUAGAACUGGUAAAGCAGUUACUGAGAGAUAUCUGGAGUCUGCAAUGAAUGCACAGACAGCAGAUUCGCUGACUGUGCUGCAUGGUGCAGACACAGCACAUGCUCAUGCUGUAGUUACUGAUGAGGAAGAUGAUGACGGAUGUCCAUCUUCCCCAGGCUCUAGCACGCAAUAUGUCGAAGGCGGUGACUUGAUGGCCGCUGCUAUGAAUGAUGAGGUGACAGCGCAGCUCGCCGCAGCAGGUUGGCAAAAGACACACGGCCCUGUGGGAGUAGCAGCAGCAGCGGCCAUAGUAUCGGCUAAGAAACGCAAACGACCACACUCGUUUGAGACCAAUCCCUCAAUUAGGAAGAGGCAGCAGAAUAGAUUGCUUCGAAAGUUACGGCAAACAAUCGAUGAAUUUGCGACGAGGGUAGGACAGCAGGCUGUUGUAGUUGUAGCAACGCCUGGCAAGCCCCAAAACAGCUUCAAAGUGUUUGGGGCUAAACCACUAGAAGAUGUGAUGAGGAACAUCCGCACAAUGAUAAUGGAUGAAUUGGAAUCUGCAUUAGCACAACAAGCUCCACCACCCGUCCAGGAAGACCCGUCGCUGUAUGAAUUACCUCCACUUAUCAUCGACGGUAUCCCUACGCCUGUCGAAAAGAUGACUCAAGCACAACUGCGAGCCUUCAUUCCUCUGAUGCUCAAAUAUUCGACAGGGCGUGGGAAACCAGGGUGGGGUCGUGAGUCGACGAGACCUCCUUGGUGGCCCAAGGAACUGCCUUGGGCAAAUGUGCGUAUGGAUGCGCGCACAGAGGAUGAGAAGCAAAAGUGCCGCAAUUUGCAGAUAUCGUGGACACAUGCUCUGCGCCAAAUAGUCAUCAACUGCUACAAGUACCAUGGGAGGGAAGAUCUGCUCCCUGCAUUCAGUGAGGAUGAAGAGGCCAACGGGACUGUGACAGCGGUCGUUUCUGGCAGCUCUUCUAGUAACACUGGCUCAGCAUCACUUGUGGGCACUGCUGCUACCAGUACUGGUACUGCGACCAUUGUGGGAACAGCGAAUAGGAGUUCAGUGUCUGCUGCAACACAGGCAACAGUGACAGCGCAGUAUGCUCCAGCAGUUCUGCAGACAAUUAGCAAUGCAGAUGGUACAGUCUCCAUCAUCCAGGUGGACCCAAAUAAUCCUAUCAUCACAUUACCUGAUGGUACAACUGCUCAAGUCCAGAGUGUCACGGCUCUGGCUGAAGUUGGCCCAGGUCAAGGAGAAAAUGUGGCUGUGGACCUUAACAGUGUAACAGAAGCCACUCUUAAUCAGGAUGGCCAGAUAAUUCUUACUGCAGAGGAUGGUCAUGGUUAUCCAGUAUCUGUCUCUGGAAUGAUAACUGUGCCAGUCACUGGAUCAAUGUAUCAAACUGUGGUGGCAAAUCUACAACACCUCCAUCCACAAGGGGAGCCAGGUAGUUUGCAGGGUGAAGACCGUCUGUUCCAGGUGGUGACACCAAUGGUACAGGUACCAAAGGCAGAGCCAGGGGGUGAUGCAUCUGCUGCCACAGAGGUGGAGGCUAUCACAGUAACGCCCCAGCAGUUGCUGGGACCGCACCAGCUAGUUAGUGUCCCUGGUGAACCACAGCUACUGCAGGUUCUGUCUCUGAAAGAGAGCCCACCAACUCCAGGUAAUGCACCCGUGCAGACCCCACCUCACAGACCGACCACGCCGGCUGGUAAAAGGUCUGCGGCUGUCGGCCCAGGAGAAUCGUCGGUAGUGGAGGAUGAACCUAAGAUGUGAGGUGAUCUGUUCUCUGCCAACAAUAUAUGCAGCUUCCAGUAAUGUUCUUCUUUGGCAUAUAAGAAGCUUAAUAUGUGACUGAAAGUGAAUAAAUAAGCAAGUUGCCAGUUGCUCUCGUUUUUGUUUGUAGGAGUUAUUCUUGUUGUUCAGGUAUUUUUAAAAACAGGAGCAAGGGUAAAAUUGAAGAAGUUCCUUUAAAAAGGUAUCAGCUGAAAUUGUGUUACAUACUAUUUUGUUGUUCCAACAAAUAGCGAAAUGUUCUGUUGUCGCACUUUAUUGUGCAGUUCUGUUGUUUUUUUUUUAAUUGUGUAAUGUAUAGUUUGUUGUGAGUACCAAAUUAUGUUAUAUACUUUCGUUAAUAUGUGAUUGAUCAGACAAUGUAAAAUAACUAGGAAGUAUUAUAGUACUGGAUGAAGGAGAGGUUGGUAGAAUGUGUUAUGCAUCUACCUAGUCAUGUUUUUCAUUACAAGUGACCUAUGAGAAAUAUAAAGGGUUUUAUGAAGCAGUGAACCUCAGCUCUAUGGUCCAGAGGACCAGUGGGUAUGUCUGAACAGUUCAUGAAAUAAUGCAUUUAGACUGAUGUAUUGCAAGCACGACACUGAAUAGUCAUUUUCCUGUGAUCUUUGUGCCAUAGGAAAUAUUUACAUUUUAUAUUUGUGAGCUUAAAUACAGGGUGUCCUCUCACAUGGAAAACCGGUAAUGAUUUGUGCAGUUGCUGAAAAAUGCAAAACAAGAUAAAAUGUGUUUGGGCUGCUGUUCUAUUUAACAAGCAUGUUGUCCGUGAGUUGCUGUCAAAAGGACCAAUAUGUUUCUGGUCAUUGUUGCUUGUAUUAUGUUUUUGUGGUAUCACUGAAUAAAAACCAUUUUGCUCCUGGCACAUUUUGAAAACUUAAUUUGUCAAAAAUGUUGACAGUGUAAUAGUGAUGGUGUGAAAACACUGUGCAAUUAGGCUGUAAUAAAAGAUUUUUUUAAAAAUAAAAUGAAUACAUACAUAUAAUAUUCAGAAACAGAGUGAACAUGUAAGCCUGAUACACUGAGCUUUGAUUGUGUAUUCUGUGCUUGUUGGAAUUCAAUAAAAUAUGUAAUGAUGGUGAGGUUCGCAAACAAAUCAUGAAACGAGUGACAAUGGCAGAAGGAAGCAUCUUUAGCUAUUUUCAAAAUUGGAACUUAGUGUAGUAAACUUAGGUAUUGAGUCAGCUGUCACAUUUUGUGAACGUUGCAUAUUCAGUCUAUGUACCAUAAAUUUAGUCAUACAUGAAAAAAAAGAGAAAGACUGAAGAAUUGUUACUAAUAGUGUUAAAUAUGAGUGGGCACCCUGCACAAAGGAGUAAAUAAAAUAGAGAAGAGUGUGUGUGUGUGUGUGUGUGUGUGUGUGUGUGUGUGUGUGGCGAGUGUGUGAACGUGUGCAUGCUUAGGAGUGUGUGAGCGAGGGCGAGUGCGCAAACGUGCGUGCGCUUGGGAGUGUGUGAGCGUGCGUGCGUGUGCUCGUUUGUACAUCCGGUUGUUGGUGAGGGAUAUUCAGACAUUUAAUUUGGAUAACAUUCAUUCUGAAAGAUCACAUUUUCAUAUUCAAAAGUCUAUUCAUUAGCAAUUGUCAUUCCAAUAUCACUUUGUGUCUGAUGGUUUUAAUCAUUGUUAUAUAGAUCACAGAGCCUCUGAUGUAUGUUGUUUACGUGGUAUUGUUAUGUGAGUAUUAAGAUUUAUUUUCUUCUUCCCACAGAAAUUUCAUUUUAACCAUGAUUGCUUUAGAAAUGAUAUCAAUAGUGCAUUUAGUUAUUUAUUUUUCAAAAUGUAUACAGCACAGAAGGAGACAGUGAUACAAAUUGCAUCACAUGGGACUUAGGUGUGCUAACAACUUCAAGCCCUCUAGAGAUUUUUACAGUACUCAGCUUCACACUAAGGAUUUCAUGUUAGUGAAGAGCUUUAUUGCUUUCUCAUAGUGGCUUAACUGGCUGCAGAUCACUGCAGUUGCAACUAAAAGACCUUUAUUUAGAAAGAUGCUGUCCCCAUAUUCCAGAACUCUGUGGUGUGUAUAAAGUCCUAGGAUGUGAUCUCUCAGGUUUUCUCGGGGCAGUUAUUUAAUUGUGUACGUCCAGUUGUUCUGUCAAGCUGCUGUUUCCAUUUUGUGCACAGUAUUUUAACAAGUAACCCAGCCAUCCUGUUCAGGUGCUGUAAGUUUUGUUAUGUGUACUUGCUGCCUGGGCUCAAUCCAGACUGUAAGCUGGGUUGGUCUCAUGCCAGUAUUUGUAGCAGAGUUUGGUUCCCAAUGCCGACUGUGCCCUUUUGUUUUUCAGAGCCUGCACAGAUAUUCCAUGAAAUGCAAAUCCUCUCAGCAUUUCUCAUCUUUGGUGGAUGUGGUGGCCAGCAAGAUCUUAAUAAAUUGCAUGCCAGAUCCCAAGCUAGGUUUAAUUUGAAACCUCGUCCCUGUUUAACAUGUUUUUUUUAUUGAAAUAUGGAUUUAAGAAAAUUUAAUAAACAAGGCUGGAGAUUUCAGUUUAAACAACGCUUGUGGUUUGGUUCUCAAAUUGUUAAGAUCUAAGUGACCUUCACUUCCACCAGAGCUGGAAAACACUGAGAGAAUUUGCAUUUCACGGAAUAUCAGUACAGUCUUUGAAAAACAAAAGAACUUCAAACGGUGUAGUGGGCCUCAGGAAUCAAACUCGGCUACAAAUAGUGGUGCGAGUGAACAAUAAUACAGAGACUGCUAGGAGUCCAGGUAGUGAGUAUGCUCAACAGCAAAACUCUUAGCACCUGAAGAGGAUGGCUGGGUUGGACAUUGAAAUAUUACGCAUAAAAUCAAAAUAAAUACGCAGUAGAUCCCUGGGAAACACCAUUAAGUCCCAGGGUGCUGUCCCUACCAUCAUAACUUAUUUGUGUGUGUGUGUGUGUGUGUGUGUGUGUGUGUGUUAUGAAAGGGAGAGAGGUGGGGAGGGGGGGGAGGGUUAAUAAUUAAUGGAUGUUUGUAAGAGAUGAAUGAAAUGAGAGGAGCAGAAUGGUCGUUCAGAGCAUCGAAAUACUGUGUUCAGGUACUGAAUGUGAUGUAUUGUGUUUUUACUUGUAUAUUGUGGGCAGUGAGUAGUGGCGAUCAAAGAUGAAUGUUUCAAGUUAGACUGUAAUUCUUGGAAAUCGUGUGACUUGUAAGUUUUUAAUUCAAAACUCUCAGUAAUGAAUAUGUGCAAUUAUUUAAGAAUAAGUGCUGUUUGUGUCUGAAAUUGUAUAAUACAACCUGGCAGUUGCAUGUGUUCAUGCUAUUUGUGUAAAUUACCUAACAGACUUUUUUUUACUAUUGUAGAAAAAAAGCCAUUAUUCUCUUUCUCAGCUACACCAUUGUACGGAAGAAUUUAAUAGUGUAGUAUUUGAUGUUCAACAAUUCUAUAUCAGAUAACUGUGUGUUAAAUAAAUUAAGAAACAAUUUUCAAAAUA